CACAAAACCAACUGGCAAUACGACGGUGAAUCAUUGGAAUAAGAUACGCAGCAUCUAUGGACAGAUGGAUUUACUUUACAAGAAUUUACAACAAUGCUGGUGCUAACUAGCUAACUAUAGGGAGCGUGUUUGUUUUUGUGUGUGUGUGUGUGUGUCUUUUUGUGUGUGUGGUCAAAAUUUGUAGAGUUAAGGGUAUAUUUAUUAAUUUAACGUCUUGUAAACGACCCAGAUUAUAAAUGUUGUUCAUGUGUGAACGAUUAAAAUUGAACAGGGGUUAAUGUAUAUUUUUGUGCGUUGAAUACUGGUAAAGCGCCGUUGACAUUGACGGACAAGAUUUCACUGAUAGAGUCUUCCAUUAUAGAAAUUUUAAAUAACUUUUCAAUUUUAUUUAGAAAUAUACAUAAAAAACAAAUACACACAGGACAAGGAAGUCUACCAAAAACGAAAUUGAGUUCAAAAGCAGAUACACAUAAAAAAGAAGCAGAAAUGAAACUUAUCGGUUAUUUGUUAUUAAGUAUUGGACUAGCCUAUGGCGGAGUUAAAGAAUUUAGCAUUAACGAAAUUGACGCUCCUUUGCAACUUCAAAAGGUAAAAUUAAGCUGGGAUGCACCAGAUAGCACAAAUAAAACGGAAUAUCGGGUGAUUUACAGAAAAGUUGCGGGUUUUGAUCACUCAAACGAAGAUGCUAAAACUACUGAGAAGACAGAACAUAAACAAGUCGAGAUCACUGGAUUAGAUUAUGAUUCAAAGUAUAAUUUUUCUGUCGAGACAAUUGUUAACUCAAAAACUGAAGGUCGAUCACAAAAUAAAUCAUUUAGCACAGAACCAGCUCCAUGUGCAAUGUUAAUUAAUGGAGAAAUGAAAGCAUUCUUGAUUCAUGACGAAAAAGCUACGAAGUAUUCGUUAAUUGUCCUGAAAAUGCCAAUCGAUAUGACCAUUGCACAACUAGAAAGCACUAGCUCUAUUGAUAGUAGCAAAUAUACGGGCAAUAACAGCAGCUUUUACAUCACCUAUGAAACCACUGACCAAAUUCAUAAGAAUGGUAAAAACAUAACUAUUGGAAGUGGGAAACCCAAUAUAAACAAACCGUUACAAAACGGAAGUUACUACACGUUCUUUCAAAGAACAGAACUUUCUGAUGGCAGAGCCAUCAUGCAUAAAUGGAUGCCAAAGGUGCAAUUUCUAAAGGCAGAUGCAGCAACUUCCAAUUCUACAAAUAAUCCAAAAGAAGCAGAUACUGGACUGGACGGUGACGACAUUGCAUUGAUGACUGCAGGAAUUGCCAUUGGUCUUAUUGCACUGAUCUUCUGUCUCAUCUGCAUAUGCCAUUACAAAUAUUCUCUAAAAUAUGCUCCGAAACCACCUAAAAAGGGAGGACGAACACUCGCAAUGGUGCGUCUAAGCACAGACCCUAGUAUACCGGUCACCGAUACUGACUUUUACGACCAUAUGGCUCACAUGAAAUUCCAUAACUUCAAAGGAUUUUAUGAGGAGUUCUCUCAAAUGAAAAUUGCUUUUCAACCUUCGGAAGAUUUUCGACGUAUAGGCAACAAUAUGAAAAAUAGAUUCGUUAACAUCCCUUGCUACGACCAUUCAAGAUGUAUGCUUGAAAGCCAAAAUAGUGACGGUAUUUCAACUUAUAUCCACGCUAACUUUGUACCUGGAACUCAUUCUGAUAAGGACUAUAUAUUGACCCAGAGCCCUCUACCCGAAACUGUAUGUGACUUUUGGCAGAUGGUAUGGGAGCAAAAUGUGACUACGAUUGUCAUGAUUGGCGAAAUCGUUGAGAAAAAAAAUACUGUUUGUGCGCCAUAUUUUCCUACUUCGUCUAAUGAACACAUCAAAGCAUAUGGGAAUGUAAGCCUUGUGAAAGAGUACAUCAUUGCUGAUUACGCUGUUAGAACUCUCUCAAUGAAAAUGACGGACGACGAAACUGAAAUACCGCGCACAAUUCAUCAUUUUCAAUUUCUUGGAUGGCCGCCAGUUCAGAUUACUCCUUCAUGUCCAACUCCGUUCUUAGAAUUCGUACAAAUAAUUUCAAAGUCGAAAGCAGAGAAAAACAAUAGUCCAAUCGUCGUGCAUGGUACUACUGGAUCUGGGCGUGCUGGUAUUUACGCCUGCAUUGACGCCCAAGUUGACCGUGUUCUUAAACAGAAUGACGUGAAUGUUUACAAUGGCGUCAAAUUGAUCCGUGAGCAUCGAUACGACGGUGUGAAGACAUUGGAUGAAUAUAUAUUUAUCCAUGAGGCUGUUUUGGAAUUUAUUUUAAAACGAAAUAUACAUGAUAUCCCUGUGCAACAUUUACCAAAAUACAUUGAAAACAUCACAAGAACAUCAAAAGAAGAACCGUUUGACGUGGAAUAUGGUUUCUUAUCAUCAACUGUUGUCUCGUCCACCCAAAAAAUGGAUGCAGCCAACCAACCUCAAAACAAGAAGAAAAACAGAUACGAAAACAUUAAACCUUUUGAUGAUAAUCGAGUUAAAUUAUCAAAGUUGAUUAACUCCGAUGGUUCGGACUAUAUAAAUGCUAGUUACGUGGACACGUAUGCUCAUAAAAAAGCUUUUAUAGCGACGCAGGCGCCGCUUGUGGAAACGCUCUCCGAUUUUUGGCGUAUGAUCUACGAGAAUGAAUCGUGGGUGAUAGUUAUGCUUGGCCAGGAAAUUGAAAACGGACAGCUAAAAGCUGAUAGAUUUUGGCCAGAAGAAGGCUUUGUUAUGGCGCUUGGUGAUCUGUCAAUCAAACUUAUCUCUUCUUCCCAAGAUGCAAUAAAAGACGUGGUCAUACGACAAAUGGAAUUAAUGCACACAAAGAAAUCUGAAACAAAGCUGAUACAAAUGUACCAAUAUCUCACUUGGCCUAACCACGAAGGAAUCACAUCAGAAAGCAUCACUAGUUUGGUGCAGCUUGUACAUGAGUCUGACUUAUGGAAAACAAAGUUAAAGGCUAAAACUACAACAGUUGUAUCAAGUACUGGUAUUGGCCGACCGGGUGUUUUGAUAGCCCUUCGUUCACUGCAAGAAGAAAGCGAGAACGAAGGCAAAGUAAAUGUGUUCCGCACAGUUCAAAAACUGAGACAACAAAGAGCAGCACUUAUACAAAAGAGGGAGGAGUAUGUUCUUAUUUAUACCUCUACGUUGGAGAUCAGCAAACACGUGAGAAGGCGCUCCGUAUUCACAGCACUUGAAGAUGUUAAUAGCAUCGGAACUAAUAUUUUACCGAAUGGAUACAAUAUACCAUCCACUCCGCAAACGACUGAGAGGCUGAACUCUGUUUCGUCAACUAGUGAGCUUUAACCGUAACAUACACGAUCACACAAACUCUCUCAACGACUUUUUUUCACAUCUUUGUGUUUGAAUAAACACACAAAUUUUCUGGAUACCGGGAAACACAUAUAAAUACUUUCUUCAGUGUAAUUUUUCCACGAAAUUCCAUGGACUGUUUAAAUCUUUUACGGCUGCUACGUAAAGUCUGUAAAAAAGUCUCAUGCAUGCUUUUCUUCUUCAUGAAUGUCGAUUUCACUAUUCUAUGAUUGGUCUUUUGCCUUAAAACAGAAGUAACGUUAUAUUUCUGUAAUAUCAGAUUUUAUUGUCCAAGCCGUUAGAUUUAUUUACAUUUUUAACAAAAUAAUAAGAAUUUCCCGUAGAAAGUAGACUAAAAAUCGUCCUUGUUAAAUAGUUAUUUUAGAUUUUUGUAUUAUCUAAAAGAUGUAAAGUGUUCUUAAAAUGUAAAACGUAGAAUUAAAAGCCUGUUUUUGUUUCGUAGAAAACAAGGAUUUUAAUCGAUUCAUCUCGAAUUAUAUUUAAAUGUAAAAAAAAAAUACUUCUGGUUGUAUUUAUGUGUUUUGUUUGGUGUUUUUAUGUUGUAUUUAUAAAAAGAUGUUUGUUUAAAAACUGA